AUGGCACAUAGAAGUAGCUGGGAACCAUCCAAUACAGCUGACGUACAUACUGUGGGUGACACAAAAAAAACACUUAGAAUGGAUGUAUUAAAUUUGAUUGGAGUGUUACGUAAUCAUCUUGAUUGUAACAUUAAACUCGCAACCAAAAUAAAAGUAUUCUGUACUCAGGUUAUUGGCACUCGAAUGACCCUCUAUUCCCUAAACAUGCUGACCGAUGGACAAUUUCUUUCUGCAGAACUCGCUACUGCUUCAAUUCCUUUUAGCUUUUAUGGUCGGCAUCAGUACAAAGCUGUCCUUCGGAUGAUGGCAAUCUUUUAUGACGAGGUAACAAAGCAGGAAGAGCUAAUGGGAGAAAUCAAUGGAUCUGUACUUCGAUCAAAAGAAGUGACAGUCCGCCAUGUAUUAAAGAUACCUGAGGGAAUGUUUGAUGAAUGA